UAAGUCAGUCACUUUGCCGUCCACUGAGUAAAAAUCAAAUCUUUCUCUCUCUCUCUCUCUCCGACGGAGAAAAAGUCUCCGACUGUGUAAAAUGAUGAACCAUGGUGGUGGCGGCGGCGGAGGUAACGGAGGAGGAGGAGACGCUGAACGUAUGCUAGCUCAAGCAGAGAAGCUACUCUUAAGCGGCGACUUAAACGGUUCAAAAACCUACGCGAUUCGCGCAUGCGAAGCCGAUCACUCACUCGUAGACCACGCCGAGUUAAUCCUGGCCGUCGCCGACACUCUAAUCGCCGGAGAAUCACGAAUCAGAGGAACCACUUCCGAUCUUCCCGACUGGUAUGCCGUGCUCCGUCUCGUUCGUUUAACUCACAACCCUGAACUCGUCGCGACUCAGUACAGUAGACUUGCCGUGUUGCUUAACCCGAGUCGGAAUCGGUUUCCGUAUUCUGAACAAGCUUUUAGGUUAAUCUCUGAUGCUUGGUAUGUUCUCUCUGAUCCUUCUAGAAAGACAUUGUAUGAUAGAGAAUUGCAUCUGAGUCAAUUUGGGCAACUCGGUCAAUUAGGGUUUCAGCUUUUCAAUCAAACGCCACAAUCUCAGUCUCAAUCUCCUCAACAUCAUCAGCAACAAUCUCAAUCACCUCAACAUCAGAACCAGACGGUGUCGUUUCAGAAUCAGCAGUUACCAUUUCAGCUUCAUCAACCACAUUUUGCUCAAGCUGUUCAGACUCAGUCUCAGUCCCAGCAGCAGCAGCAGCAGCAGCAAAGGUCUCAAUUUGAUCAGCAGUUAUUGCAGGAGCAACAACAAGCAUCUUGGAGGCAACAGUUUGGUCAAGAGCAAAGUAGUGGUUCGAGUAGUGAUUGGAAAAGACCAGUGGAGGAAGAGAGGUUGAUUAAUUUGAACAAUGCAACUGAAAGGGUUCAGUCCAGUCGUCGUUUUGCUGAGCCGGAUCGGCCGCCUAGUAGAUCAUUUGAGGGAUCUUCUCAUAGGACUCCUUCAACAGAUUUGACAUGGGCGUCUAAGCCUACUCCGGUGUCUGAGUCUGUACCAUGGCAAUAUUCGGAGCCGGCUAGACAGUAUCAGUCAUCUAGUAGGUCUAGUGAAGCUGCUCAACUCUCGCUGCUGCCUUCUGUUUCUGACUCACCUCAUGCAUCUCAGCCGACUCGCUCGAAUCAGUCACAUGCAGUCUCUAAACCGCAGCCUGUUUCUAAGCCACAUCCGCCAUUCCCAAUUUCUCAGCCACCACCGACCUCUAGCCCAUUUCCAUUGUCUCAGCCACCAUCGACCUCUAAACCGUUUCCGAUGUCUCAGUCGCAAAACUCUAAGCCAUUCCCUGUGAUUCAGUCAUCGCAAAAGUCUAAGCCUUUGCUGGUUUCUCAGUCAUUACAAAAGUCAAAGCCAUUGCCGGUCUCUCAGUCAUCACAAAACUCUAACCCAUUUCCGGUGUCUCAGCUAUCAUCAAACUCUAAGCCAUUCUCCAUGUCUCAGCCACAACCGGCCUCUAACCCAUUCCCGGUGUCCCAACCAACACCAAACUCUAAGCCAUUCUCGAUGUCUCAACCAUCAUCGACUGCUAGGCCUUUCCCAGCAUCUCAGCCACCAGCAGCCUCUAAGUCAUUCCCCAUCUCUCAGCCCCCACCAACCUCUAAGCCAUUCCCAGUGUCUCAGCCACCUCCGGCCUCUAAGCAAUUUGUGUCUCAGCCACCCAAUACCUCUAAGCCAAUGCCGGUAUCUCAGCCACCUACAACCUCUAAGCCGUUGCCAGUGUCUCAGCCACCACCGGUAUUUCAAUCAACCCGUCCCUCUCAGCCGCCUGCAGCCUCUAGUUCUCCUUCUCAACUGCCUCCUGUCUUCAAUUCAGCACAAUCAUUCCAGCCACCUACUGUCUCUACUACUCCCUCUCCGGUUCCAGCAGCCUCUACUAUUCCAUCUCCGGCUGCGCCUGCGCCAGUUUCUCAGCCAACUCGGGUUUUUAACCAAACCCCAACUGCUGAACAGACUCCAAAGAGUGGGGAUGCAAGAUCCGAUUCUGAGCCGGAGGUUCCGAGUUUCUGGACGACUUGUCCAUACUGCUACGUGCUUUACGAGUAUCCCGUCAUUUACGAGGAAAGGGUGCUUAAAUGCCAAACUAAGAGCUGCAGGAGAGCUUACCAGGCAGUGAAGGUUCCUUCUCCGCCGCCAGUUACUGAAGAAGAUAGUUACUAUUGCUGUUGGGGUUUCUAUCCAAUAGGAUUCUCAGAAGUGACUAAAAUCCCAGUCAGUGGUUUACCCAAAUCAGCACCCAAAAAACCAUCUCCAAAGGUCUACUAUUAUGACGACGAAGAAGAAGAUGAUGAUUCAUACAUAGAUUCUGAUCCUAGUGAGGAUGAUGACGACGAUGACUGGCUGAUGAAUGGUACAAAAAGAAGGAAGAAUGUGAAGCAAAGUAAAGCUAAAGCAUCAACCAAACCAAAACGUCAAAAAGGAAUCGAGGUUGAUUGAGUAAAGUCGGGUAGGGAACAGAAAAAGAACAACUUCAGUAAGGCUCUCUCUGUUCUUCAUUUCUGGCUCUGUUGUUGUAUUUUAGUUGCAGUAGUUUCUCUUUAUGUAGUGUAAGGUAAAUUUGCUUGCUUCCGCGGUUUCCAUGUUCCAUGUUCCGCGGUUUCCAUGUUCCAUGUUCCGCGGUUAAGUUUAGUAGCAAUGGCUGUAACUUGUAAUGUUUUGGUACCUCAUUUUGGAUUUAUGUAGUUUCUGGAAAAACUUGGAGAAGUAUCAUUUUGAUGAGAUUUUUUUUU